AUGGUCUCUCAAACCCUCGCCAUGGCGCUGGUCGCCUCCUGUGCACUCGUCAAAGCAGUGCCACACGCUGCCCGCGCAGCACCCUCCAACAGCUCAACAUCCCCCAAUAGCUCAGCCUACGCCCUCAUCGCCCAUUACACCGGCGCCGACUUCUUCAACCACUUCACAGCCUUCACCGGUCCCGACCCAACCAACGGCUUCGUCGUGUAUCAAGAUCUGAAGUCGGCCGCUGAGCAGAAACUCGUAGGCUAUAUCUUUGAUGAAGCCACCAACAAAACUUCCGCAUACAUGGGCGUCGACCACACAACCAAAAACCCCACCCCAGGCCGCAACUCCGUCCGUCUCCUCGGCAAAGACAAGUUCGACGCGGGCUCAAUGGCCGUAAUCGACAUCAACCACAUUCCCGUAGCCACAGGUCUCUGGCCAGCAAUCUGGAUGCUUGGCACGCCGCCUGACGGUCAAACCUGGCCCAUCGCCGGCGAAUCGGACAUCCUCGAAUACGUCCACGAAGACGUCAACAAUGCCAUGACCCUUCACACAGCCCCCGGCUGCACGGUCGACAACACCACCUCCCUCUUCCAAGGCGCCCUCGUCGACGCCAACUGCAACGCCGGCGACAAAAUCCCAGCCACGACCGGCUGCUCCAUCAAAGCCUUCAACAACAACACAAUCGGCAUCAAAACCUACGCAACCGCCGGCCCCUCCUUCAACAAAGACGCCGGCGCCGUGUACGUCCACGACUGGCAACCCGACAGCAUCACCGUGUGGAUGUUCCCACACUCCCACGUCCCCGCGGAUCUCGCGGCCGGCACCCCCACCCCAGCGACCUGGACGCAGAAACCGCUCGCCAAGUUCUCCGGAACAGGGUGUGAUUACACCACCGCGUUUGCGCAGAUGUACCUGAUCCUCAACCUCGACUUCUGCGGAGACUGGGCUGGACACGUUUGGGAGUCUUCCGGUGCGGCGAAGAAGACGGGCGUCGCGACUUGCAACGAGUAUGUCGCGAAUCACCCGGAGGUUUACAAGGACUCGUACUUCGACAUCGCCUCUGUGAAGUUUUACUCGAAUAAUGGGCAGAAGGCCAGUGGGCUCGCGAAGCGGCAUGAGGAAGAGGAGACGGCUGUGGAGAUUCCGACGACGGUUCAGACGGGUGGUGGGGGUGAUGUGAGGAUGCCAUCCAACGCGACUGACAACGGUAACGGAAGCUACCCUUUCAACCACCACAAGCGCAUCAUCGCUCCUGGGGUUGAGCCUGCUACCUCGGAGGCAUCCACCGCUGAGACGGCGGGCUGGCUUGUUGCUGCGGGUAUGUUUGCUGCUCUUGCUUUUGCUCUUUGA